AUGAACAUGGAAAACGGCUUGAAGGAGGAACUGAAUAGAAGAAUGAGAGCAGCAUGGGCAGCAUUCGCAGCCGUCAGGGAGGAUAGGGACCAACUGUCGGACCAAGAUCUUCGUGCCCAUCUGUUCGACUCGACAGUCCUUCCAUCGCUCUGUUACGCAGCGGAGACAUGGGCAGACACCGCGGCCACGUCUAGGAAGCUACUUACUACCCACAGAGCCCUUGAGAGAUGUCUCCUGAAGUUUAACCGGCGCACACAACACCUUGCCGGUCUUCGUAGCUCCGACUUAAGAGGAAUGUCCCGUCUUCGCGACCCACCGGAAUAUGUAUCGAAAGCAAAACAUAGAUGGGCCGGUCAAUCAUGA